UUAAAAGGAGAAGUAGAACUUCCUGUUCCUCUCUGCCUACUUUAUACCAAGAACAAAUGGGCCAAAUUUGGCACAUCAUUUGUGAAGAAGCUGAAAUAUGAUCAGAAAUAUGAAAGCGACGGCUGGACUAUUGGUGUUGCUCCUCACAGUUUGUCACGCUGAAGAAAAGGCUUGUGAUGGCAGAAAAGAUGGUGUUCGGUGUUACGGAAAACUGGGAGAGCCAAUGUUACUCAGAUUGAUGGACAACGCCAAUACAUUAUUAAAAUAUAAAUGGUACAAUACCAAAACUACACUGCUGUUAGGGGGAAUUGAUCGUAAUGUGGAUCUAACAGAAAAACGAUUUAGCUUCACCCCAGAAGAAGGAGUGAUGAAGAUAGAAAAGUUGGAGAGGAGAGAUGCCGACAAAUAUACUCUCUCCAUUUAUAACCACCAGGGGAAACUGAUCAACAAUCGGACUCUACAGUUGUUUGUUGAAGAUUCUGUGCCUGGUGCCAACUCCGCUUUGUGUGACCAACCAACACUCAGCCUGCCCGCUGCAUAUUACUGGCUGAUAAUACAGAACGGCAUCUUGGCACCAACAGUCCUGGUAAUUAUCCUGGUCAUGAUCUUUUUUGCUUUGAAGAUAAAGCUAAGCAAGAGACGCAGAGUGAGCGGCCGGGCGCAAGGAGUUUGAUUGAGACCGGGGGGACGGAAGCAGAGACUGGUGAACAGAAAGCAGAGCGACUGAAAAGUCGAUGCAUUGUGGAUGUGUGAGCAAUCGGAAGAAUAAAUCUCCUGUCAAACCCGAACGACUGGCUUCCAGUGUGACUGUACAACAACUUCUGUCCCGAACCUUCCUGGACCGAGGCUUUGGUUUAGUCAAAGAGCCGACUGGGACUGUUCUUCUGCCAAUUGUACCCUGGUGUUUACCACAAGUUGAUGUGACACCUCCCUCUUUACCACAAGUUGAUGUGACACCUCCCUCUUUACCACAAGUUGAUGUGACACCUCCAGGCGGUAGCUGUCAACUGGUUUGGUGUCAGUCUUCUCUGCUGAAAAAGAAGGAGAAAGGCAAGAUGAGAGUUAAUAAACUAGAAGAAGUCCUCCUUGAGCUGUUGGAAUCUCAUGGAGAAAGAUGGACGGAGGAGCUGAGAAUCGAUCUGCCUCGCAGCUUCCAGCGACAUGGAGACUUGGUCCUGCUAGGGCACAACUGUUUCUUGGCCCCUCCUUGGAAGAAAAUAGACAAGCAGCUGUGGCAGGCUGUAGCCAAAGUUCUGGGGGCAAAACGCCUGGCAAGGAUGAGUGGAAUAUGCAGCGACGGGUACAGGUCUCCCAAAGUGACCAUGGUCUUGGGAGAAGACAGCUGGGUUCAACACAUGGACAAUGGCAUCACAUAUGAGUUUGAUGUCACCAAAUGCAUGUUUUCAGCUGGGAAUAUAACAGAGAAGCUGCGUGUUGCUGGAUUCCACUGCAGGGGCGAAACUGUGGUUGAUUUAUAUGCAGGUAUAGGAUACUUCACACUUCCAUAUUUGGUACAUGCGGGCGCAGCACACGUGCACGCCUGCGAGUGGAACCCGCAUGCGGUCCGAGCGCUACGCAGGAAUCUUGUGAUCAACGGAGUACACGACCGCUGCACAGUUCACCCCGGGGACAAUCGACAAGUGCAGCUGGGCAGUGUUGCCGACAGGGUCAACCUGGGCCUCAUACCCUCCUCCGAAGACGGCUGGCCAGUGGCAUGUCACCUUCUGAAGAAAACUACUGGUGGUAUUUUACACAUUCAUCAAAACGUGACUUGGCCUGGAGUAAGAACCGAUGAGCGGGGUGGGAAGAGAGAGGCGUGGCAGUCCUGGGCGGCUGACGCUGCAAGCCGCAUCGGCUCUCUUUUGAAAGAACUCACUUGUAAACCGUGGACAACAAGCGUCCAACACAUUGAGGCCGUGAAGUCGUAUGCGCCUCAUGUUCACCAUGUGGUGCUGGACCUGGAGUGCAGACCUUCUUGACCAGCUUGGAUAGAAUGCCAUUCAUGCACCGUAUCAGAAAACUCAGACAUCCAUUGUGCUGGUCUAGGACUUGGGCUGUCAUUCUUUGGCCACCAAACCAUUCCAUUCCGUUGUUAGGGUUCAGAAUAGAUUAUCGAUUCAAAAUCUGUACCUUUUUAAUAACACUGGGUGCCAGUUCUAUGAUUACCUACACUCCUCCAUAAAAUUGAUAACCUGCUCUGAUCCUUUCUUUAAUAUUUAAAAUAAAGUUGGUUUUUAUUCCCAAACAUUAAAUAAAGUCAAAUACAAGUAAGGCAACAA